GUAUCUUUGCAGGUGGACAAUUCACCCUGUGUGCUAGAAAUUCUAGACACAGCCGGUACGGAACAGUUUGCCUCGAUGCGAGAUUUGUACAUUAAAAAUGGUCACGGCUUUAUCGUUAUGUAUUCUCUAACCAAUCACCAGACAUUUCAGGAUAUCGCGAGUAUGCGAAAUGUGAUCAGUCGUGUGAAAGGAAGUCAACCAGCACCAAUCCUCCUAGUCGCCAACAAGCUAGAUUUAGAUUGCCAAAGAGAGGUGUCCACGGCCGAGGGUGGUGCCCUAGCGGAGCAGUGGGACUGUCCGUUCAUCGAAGCAUCGGCAAAGGAUCGCAUCAACGUGAACGAAGUAUUCGCCACCGUCGUCCGGGAGAUGAAUAUGACCUCCGAGAAACGUCAGAAGAAAAGUUACUGUUGUUGUACAUUAUUAUAGAAGUGGCACUAAGUCUAAUUUUAACCUAAUUAAUAAUUAAAUAAAUAAAGCCUACAGACCCGUAGGAAGAACAUAGGAGAUUCAAGGUGCGUGUGCGUUACGGCGCCAGCGCCACCAAAAAAGGGGGCCGAAUCAAUACAUCCGUCUGUGUCCUCCGGAGUGGCGUUUUGUGUGGCCCGUCGGAGGAGAGCUCGCUCUCGGAGUAACAGAAGCGGGGUUCGGCCACGGAGAUGGCGGCGAUGGGCUACCGACGGUUUGCUUGUAGUAGUAGUGGAGAUAAAAUACAUUUUUGGAGGAAUUUUUGCACGCUCUUACUGCUGCUGCAUCUAUAUCUGCUGCUGUGCCGCCGGGUGGUGCUCGGGUGUAUCUUCAGCAGGCUAUUUGCUGGAUUCCGCGGUACUCAACCAAACGACUGAAGAAUGAAUGUGCACGCAACUAUGUAAUAAGAGAAUUAGCAUUUGUGGCAGGAUUAGACCGAAACGUGUCUCGUUUCACAGAAACAGAAGCAGCAGAACCGAACAGAACACUGAUUGGUGUGUAGUAACUCGGGCGGGGACUCGGACUUCCCGUUUCAGUGGCCUCAAUGCUAGCUUACACUGGAAAGCGAACGCAGUAUUAAGGUUACACACUCUACUAGCAUUGGGCAAAGCAAGCAUCGGAAAUGCAUCAAUUUUAGGCAUAUUAUCAGAAACACGGGACAAAUGAAACGAAAAUACAUCCAGAUGCGAUUGUUGAGCGGUAGGAUAUUGCAAUGAUCAACGGCGCAGGCUAAAAAAUUAAAUAUAACAGAUAAUAAUUAAUGGUAACACUAACUCCUAUGCAUAUUGAAGCGUGACAGAAAGCGUGAAGAGAGAGCGAGAGAGUGAGCGAUUGAGAGAGCUGGGCAUCAAACUAUUUAAAACCAGAAGGAGUCUAACAAACAAUUCCACUGUCCCUGUCAACCUCGAAUUUUCACCUCACCAAUGGCAAAUUUGGUACAUUCAUUCAUGUUUAUCCUUUGCAUGUCAACGUGGAAACGUCGUAGUAGUUGCAUGUGUGUGUGUCAAUGUUGCAAGAAACGACGUAUCUGGCAGGUGAAAGUUAAAUUAAAAUUAAAAAAUGUUAGGCAAAAAUGAUAAGAAACCCCCUUCUGUGGGCAACGACAUACAACAAACACGGAUGGUUCUCAAUUUUAAACAAACCGGUAUUUAACAUGUACGCUUGGCAUGAAGAGGUCAAUCUUCUACCGCGGCGGCGACGGCCGGUACGAUGUGUAAAUACAAACAGUUAAUUAGAACAUGGAAACACCUAAACCAUUUGCUGCUGCUUACCAUAUUGUCAGUAGAAUUGUGAUUUUGAUUUAGAAACCCCCGGGGCCUCUGGAUAUGUGUCGAGUCAGGGAGAUCACGGAUUUUUCUUACUGUAAAUGUUUUGAAAAUUGGCAAGAAAAACCCUGUCUACUGGUCUGUUUACUUCUGCUCCUCUUUUUACCGCAUUUGAAUCUGAAGGUUUGGUUUGGCCGUCUCAUCGGAGACGGUUUUGAAUCGUCGGUCGGUGGUAAUUUGGUAAUGUUUUUUUAUGUAUUUAAAUUAUGUGCCAUUUUGUAUGAUGGCCUCCCUUUAGAGAGCAGAACAUGCUUCUUCUUUCCGCCGCGAAUCGAUAAUUGCUCGAAUCUUUGCACUCCACGAACGCAGCACCAACUGUACGAAACUCAUGGUGGCCCGUGCGGACGUAACGCAAUCUCCUUACAUGCGGCCGUGCACUCACACACGCUACCAAUGUGAUAAGAGGAGUUAGCAAUUCAGUGACCAGCUGGCCGAUUUUAUUUUCAUUCUGACCACCCGAAAUUGGACCACAAGCGCUUUGCAGCUGGCUUUGGCACGCUUUCGUAGCAGUCUUUUAGCACGAAAUGUGGUCAGCAACUCCUUCUGUGUUUUGUAUGAUUAUUCGAGCUUUUUUUGCCAACAAAACAACGUUUCAGAAAAUCCGAACGCAAUGAAAAUAGAUAAAAGGAGAAAUGAUCAUUCUUAAGCAAAAUCAAUGCGAAUUGACUAUAGCAGCAGACCAGCAUGUAAAGUAGCGGCGGGCGAACAUUCGCACGCUGUUCGUUGUGCGGAUUAAAAUCACCUAGUACACACACUGUCAUAUACAUAUACAAACACAUACAAAAAACGCGUGCAUACAUAUUAUUAGGUGUUACAAGCAACGGCCCCGAUAAGGAGGAUUCUGUAGGGAUCCUGGAGGAAAAGCAAAUGAAGUAGAGUAGCGAGGACGAAUGAUUGUGGUCGAUCAAGGAGAAAACAAGAAAAAACUAUUUUUAUCGUAACAUGUUUUGUAUACAAAAACGAAGGAAGCUGAGAGUGAAAGAAGGACACGCAUACAUAUAUAUGUAUACAUAUAUAAAUAUAUAUUAUAUAUGUAUAUAUAUAUCUGGCGAACGGAAGGGUCCCGGAAAUAGUCAAAUGAUAUGGCGUAGACAUAGAAAUAAGCAACGGAUCGGUGACCGGCCACAACCGUUAGCGUGUGGUCGUCGUUAAGGAUGUUGUGAUGCGUGCGCAUCUGUAAGCAAUCGUGUUGUCGAAACACACUCUAAGCACACCGAAGGGAAACACAGGGCAUGACGGGAACGGAACGAACGAAGCAGAAGGGUUUUAUUCAUAGGAGGCAAAGGAGAGAGCAAAAGAACUGCACUUGGACUCGAUCGAGCCGAGCGCUGGGGAAUUUUAGGCAGAAUCAAUUCAAAUAGUAAAACUAACAACUCCAUCAAGGCUUGGCACAGUUUUUGGUACAGCGCGCUCGCGAGAGGGAGGCGGAUGUUAGACGGCGUGUUUUGCGCAUUCUAAACGGCACGAAUCAUUCGCGGGGUAGAAAGAGGAGGAGCACGAAAGAGUAGGAAAGCGAUACAGAGCUAGCACCAAACGCGCGCGCGUUCUCCUCCUGAUCUUAAGGCUGGACCGUUUUUGAACGACGACGCAAGGAUCGGUUUUUGAUGAAUCAAAGUUCAAGUUGAAAUGGUGCGCGAAAUUACAAUAAAAUAAAG